AUGGCUCGUCCUCAAGUUUCCGUUCAAUCUCUAGAAGGUAAAGCUACUUCUUCAGCUGUCCCAUUGCCAGCUGUCUUCGCAGCACCAAUCCGUGCUGACAUUGUUCACUCUGUUUUCACCUCUGUGAACAAGAACAAGAGACAAGCUUACUCUGUCUCCCCACAAGCCGGUAUGCAACACUCUGCUGAAUCAUGGGGUACUGGUCGUGCUGUUGCCCGUAUUCCAAGAGUUGCAGGUGGUGGUACCCACGCCGCCGGUCAGGGUGCUUUCGGUAACAUGUGUCGUGGUGGUCGUAUGUUUGCUCCAACCAAGACCUGGAGAAGAUGGAACGUUAAGGUUAACCAAAACGAAAAGCGUUACGCUACUGCCUCUGCUAUUGCUGCUUCUGGUGUCGCUUCUCUUGUCUUGGCUAGAGGUCACAGAGUUGAAAAGAUCCCAGAAAUUCCUUUGGUUGUUUCCAACGACUUGGAAUCUAUCACUAGAACCAAGGAAGCUGUGUCUGCUUUGAAGUCUUUGGGUGCUGGUGCCGACUUGGUUAAGGUUGUCAGAUCCAAGAAAUUGAGAGCCGGUAAGGGUAAAUACAGAAACAGAAGAUGGACUCAAAGAAGAGGUCCAUUGGUUGUCUACGCCCAAGACAACGGUUUGGUCAAGGCUUUCAGAAACGUUCCAGGUGUUGAAACUUGUGACGUUACUGCUUUGAACUUGUUGCAAUUGGCUCCAGGUGCUCACUUGGGUAGAUUCGUUAUCUGGACCGAAGGUGCCUUCUCCAAGUUGGACAAGGUCUGGGGUUCUGAAGCUGUUGCUUCUGCCAAGUCUGGUUACAGCUUGCCAUCUAACAUCAUCUCCACCACUGAUGUUACCAGAAUCAUCAACUCUUCUGAAAUCCAAUCUGUUGUUAGACCAGCUGGCCAAGCUAACCAAAAGCGUACUCAUGUCUUGAAGAAGAACCCAUUGAGAAACAAGCAAAUCUUGAUGAGAUUGAACCCAUACGCUAAGGUUUUCGCUAACGAAAAGUUGGGCUCUAAGAAGGCUCCAAAGGCUUCUGUUAAGCCAUCUCAGCUUUUCAACGAAACUUUGAAGCACGACUAA